CUUGGUACACAGCCAGCCCAUGCAUCCAUAUCGCUACUGCCAGUAGAUAGUCUUUACUGAUUUUGUGCACGAGUGCAGGGCGAUUCCACUUCAGCGCGCAGAGUACUUCAAAACUGCAUCGAUCUCUGUUUACUCAGUUGAGGAUUUCUCGACGUCUAUUGUUCUCUCUCAUCUCUGGAGACAUUGACAUGGCUACGUGCAGGGUGCUGUGCAUCUCGCCUACUUUCUAGCGGAUCGAGCGUGUUGCUGCUGCGGAGAUUUAGGCCACACCGUCCACAUCUAGAGCGCAAUGCCUCGCAAAGGCAGCAGAGAGCAGCGCGAGCGGCGGGAGAAAGCAGCUGAGAAACGUUUGGAGGAUCGUCGCCGUGUGUGGAGUGUUCCCCUAGAAGAGGAAGGUGGUACGGACAACAUGGAGGUAGUGGUUGAAGUCGACCAGGCCAAGACGGGAUGCGCCAACGAGAUGGCUUCACAGGUGCAUAUAACAGUGAACGAGGAGAAGUCUUGGGAUGCCCAGCUGUACAACUCCUGUUCGCAAUGGCCAGCAUGUGGAACGCCGAAUCGUCAUUGUUGGGUGGAGAAGGGACACAAGGUAGAGCUGGCACUGGACGGCACUGCGCUGCACGUCUGGAAAGAGGCCAUGGUGCUUUUCAUCGACGGCCGGGAGGUGGAAACCGGGCUGACCCGAAAGCAGUACUGGCGUCGCGUGUUCCUCCGCAAAGUGCUCAUAUCGUGCAUCUUCAUACUGCUCGGCUCUCUAGGGCUAAUUCUGUACUUCACUACAAAGAAAAGCGCCGUGUCUAUGAUCCUGCUACUUGUUCCAUUCGGUCUGGUAUACCUGGUCAUGUCUAUUCAGGCCAUUAUCCGAUUUCAAAGUGACCCUGUUGAAGUGUCUAUUGAACCUGUUAGCAAACAGGGUCCUGAUGAUGUCAGACCACUGUUGUGUGCUGAAGUGGAGAGCGUAUGAGCUGCGCUACGGAGAUUGUACUGCCGACAAUCAUUGUCCUCGGAUGUUCGACGCACGUGAGCCGGAGGACAUUAGUAAGCUGGGCAGCAGCAGAUCUGCCAUUGCUCACUCCACCCCGGAUAUGCCUCUGAUAUUGAUACGGACGGUUUUUGAUACUCGUGCUGUGUCGUUUUCUUAUGUCUUUUUGUUGUGUUUUCAAUAUACGGCAUACCAUGGCACUAUAGGCAGCUGAAGCAGUUGAGCAAAAAAGGUUUUGUUUGUUCUUGUUUAUCUCUCUAGUCAAGGCCAGUUAAAUUGAUAAUCACUGGUGCAUCCAGUGUGGACGAAAUUUCUAUUCCUCAACGUAUUUUCUACGCUGUUGGCUUGAGUUAUUCUGUUUGGAGCUGUGGGCUAGCAGAGACUGGCCACAGUUCUUCGUCAAUUCGUAUUCUUCACACGAUGUUGCAAGCUGUUGUGCUUGUGUGGUCUAGAGUAUGCUAUAUUUUCAGUUUCGAAUGUCUUGAUUCCCUCCCCUGCUAUGACCUGUAACCCGUUGACAGAAUAACAAAUGAUAAUAUUAUCACAAGUGACUGAAAUGAAGCAAUGUUUGACUGAGCUGCCUAACUGCAAA